AUGAAAGGGAAGAUGGUGUUGACAUGGCUUUUGAUUGUCGGCGUUGCGGCCGUACUGGUGAAUUCUGAGUAUUACGCGGAUAGCGUUCCUCAUGAACCGAAGAAAGAGAAGGAGACACACCUUCACUUCUUCAUUCAUGAUAUAAUCACCACCAAUUGCCCAACUGCGGUCAAGGUUUCCCAUGCCAACCUCACAGGUGUCGACACCAAACCAACAUGGUCAACACCCUUUGGUUGCAUGUUUGUAAAUCCUCUGACCGUCGGCCCGAGCCAACGUAAAAGGUCAUCGGAAAUGCUCAGGGCCUCUACGUGUCAUCUAGUCAAGGCAAAGACUUAG